AGCGGUUCGUGCCAGCGGAGCAUCGCCUCGUUUUUUUUUCCAAAUAAUUAAAUGCUGAAGCGCUAGAACGAUAAACAAACGUGACUAAGGAAGACAGACAGGCAGAAACAAAUGUUAAUAAAAACAAACAGCUGCAAAUACAGAAAUACAAAAACAAUAAACGUAACAGCUGGCUGAAACAAAUGCAAUCUGCAAUUAUUCGUACCUGUGCACUCACACCAAGCCAAGGCCAACAAAAAUCAUUAGCUUUAGCCGCCCUACACCAAUUCGAUAAAACCGGCUCUCCCUCUCCCUCGCUCUCACGCGCGUGGCACUCUCCGCCACUCUCUCGGGGCACAUAAAACCCGCGAACAGUUUGAAACUUUCUUCAUUUGUGCGUGAGAAUUGUUGCUAUAGAAGUCGCUCAGACAGAACUCCUGCAGUCCUGCUAAGAUAAAUGAUCUAUCUGCAAAGAACUCUUGACUAACUGAACAAUCAUCGGACUAGUGAUAAUAGAAGUGAUUCAGAACUGUUUCGAAAGAAGGUUACGCUACGCUGAGUGAUCCACGCAAAAUGAUAACCUCCACCACAACGGACUAUCAGAACUUUUUCAAGCACUCGGCGCAUCCUGCCAAUGCCGAACAAUUCUUUCGGGAACUCUUGGACAAGCGCGAACGGCGCUAUGAGGAUCUGUGUCGGAACAUCAUCAACGACAUGAACCAGUACGGCCUGUCCGUGGUGGAUGACUUCCUGGGAAUGGAGACGGGUCUGAAGAUCCUCAACGAAGUGCGGAGCAUGUACAAUGCUGGCGCCUUCCACGACGGACAGCUGGUGCACAACCAGAAGCCCGAUGCCCCAACCUCGGCGGUGCGUGGCGAUAAGAUUCGAGGGGACAAGAUCAAGUGGGUGGGCGGCAAUGAGCCCGGUUGCAGCAACGUCUGGUAUCUGACCAAUCAGAUUGAUUCUGUGGUCUAUCGCGUGAAUACCAUGAAGGACAAUGGCAUCCUGGGCAACUAUCACAUCAGGGAGCGCACGAGGGCGAUGGUUGCCUGCUAUCCCGGAUCGGGCACACACUAUGUCAUGCAUGUGGAUAAUCCCAACAAGGACGGCCGCGUCAUUACAGCCAUCUACUACCUGAAUAUCAACUGGGAUGCGAGAGAAAGCGGUGGAAUACUGCGGAUUCGACCCACGCCUGGAACCACUGUGGCCGACAUUGAGCCCAAGUUCGAUCGACUGAUCUUCUUCUGGUCGGACAUACGCAAUCCUCACGAAGUGCAGCCCGCCCAUCGCACCCGCUAUGCCAUAACCGUCUGGUACUUUGAUGCCAAGGAGCGCGAGGAGGCGCUCAAUCGGGCCAAGCUGGAGAACAGCCGGACGAACAAUGCCAUCACAAGCAGUACGUCCCAGGCACAGCAGGCCGAGCCCGAUUCCACAACCACACCACCACCACCACCCGCCACAGUAGCCACAGCAGCCACAUCCGCGACAGGAGCAUCCUCAACCUCUUCGCCCGCACCUGCAGCCGUGUUGCCCGCCAGCAUGUCCACGGGCACGGGGGCGUUGAAUGCGAAUGUCUCGAGCAACUCCUGCGCCGCCAGCAGCGAGAUAUGCACGUAACACAGCGCUAGCGGAAUGUAGGGCAACCAAAAAGUGUAAAUUUUUUCCAAAACACUCUGUAAAAAGCUAGUUAAAAACUAUUUAUGUACACAAGUCUAGAAGCGGGCCAGGCUCCGGCCCACUCGAGUCAGGCCCAGUUUGCAAAAGUGAAUCAAAGCUCCUUUAGUCGUUAAGUCUGCUAGUUAUAGCCUCUAAGUCGUACGUUUAGUUAGCCUCACACAUUAACCCCUAGCUAACUGCCUUGUCAGCGAUCGAGCCGAUUGUUUUAGCAUCUUUUUAAUUCGUUACAAACUUUCGCAGUGGCAAAAUUGCGUUCAUUUCAUACUAUUCUGGCUGCCAAAGUAUUAUAUCUAAAGAGCAGUGCAUCAACAAUAACAAUCGCCAAGCAACGCGACGCUCAUCCUAUUCUAUCUCAAAAUUGUGCCAGUAGAUUGUAUGAAAUGUGAUUUCUGCUGGCACCCCCUCCCACCCCCACUCACUCAAUCUGUCGACUCUCAUGCAUCUAGUACUCGUAGUUAGAAAUCUUUUUCAUAUCGUUAGGCGACAACAAAAUCUGUUCUCUUGUUAAAUUCUAGAAGAUAAAUUAUCCAUAUUUAUGGCAUAUCUGCAUACAUAUGUAUGUAUCUAUGUACAUAUAUGUAUUUAUGUAUAUUUUUCUAUUAAAUGAAAGCCUGAGCAAAUGCCA